GAUGGCGCAAGUUUUACUAAACACAAGACACACUGAAGAAAUUAAAAGGAAAAGGAAUAUACGAUCUUCCGCCGAUCUUUCGCUAUUACCUUUUCUAAUCCAUCGUUUUCGUUUUUUUCUUCAAUCCUAGUGAAUUCGACGGCGACUCAAUGACUGUCACUGCCCGAUAUUAUUUCCUUCAGUUUGAAUGAUUUUAUCUAUUUUCUCUUCAAUUUACUGGGGGGAAUAUCGGUUUGACACUUGCUGCUUGCUUUUCUCUCACAGAGAAAAAUCUCCAUCUUCGGAUUAGUUAGUAGUGGUCGAAAGGUAAGAAGGAGCUAUGUUCAGGGAAGCAGGACUGAGAAGCUUAGGAGAGGAGCAUGUUGGUUCGAGGUGGACGAUUGGUAACCGUAAAUUUGAUGCUAAGUCUGCUGCCAAUGGUAAUGGCGUGAAAGCUGGACAUGGUUUUGGACUCAGGACUGCUCCUCCUAGAGGUAAUCAUAAUAAAAACAACGGUGGCUCAAGUUCAGAUAUGGACAUUGCUUCUGAUUCCGAUGAAGAUGAUACGCACGAGAGACACCACUCGCCUCUACCAUCUCCUCAAGACUAUAAAACUCAUGUUCGCUUCCCUCACCUGGCAGCUCAAGCUCAUAAUGGUGGAGGACUUGGGCGUAACGGUGCAAAGGCUUUUGGUUUUGGUGGAGAUGACUUGUCAGACUCAGCUACCAGCAACCAAGAAGCUGAGGCUUGUGGUGUGAGGAGCAAUACUAUAUCUUCGCAUAACGAAUGUGAAACAAGAAGAAAUGUUGAGGCUGGAACUACAGGAAGGACCCAGAACGGGACUAUCACUUCAACGACUUCAUUGCUUCCUCGUUUCCCAACCUUUCACGCAAGUGAGCAAGGUCCAUGGUCUGCGAUGAUCGCAUAUGAAGCCUGUAUGCGCCUAUGUCUCCAUUCAUCGUCUGUGGAUAGAGUCAGCGAAGCUUCCUAUUUCCUGAAUAAUGAAUGCAAGACAAUGCGAAAUGCAUUCAGUUUGGAGAAGUUUUUCCUUCAGUCUGAAGAAGAGUUACUUGGGAAGGGACCUUGUGAGUUGGUCACCGAGGCAUCUGCUCCAAAAACUAAGAAGACCAUCGGAAAAAUUAGAGUCCAAGCUCGUAAAAUUAAAAUGGGAUUAGAUCCACCACCUGGCUGUAACAUUGCAUCACUGACGAUCCCGAAGGAAAAGCUCGUAGUUGUUCGUCGCAAUAUCACAGAAUUGAAUUUGACUCUAUCUUCUGGAUGGAAAGCAGCGAAGAAAGUUCAUGUCACUCCUCAUGUUCCUCUUAAUGGUUCAUUUUCACGUCAAAGUCUGGCUUACGUGCAGGCAGCUGCUCGCUACCUUAAACAGGUCUCAAAAGCUGUUAAAAACGAAAUGGCUGCGUCUCACACUGGACCACAAACUUAUGAAACAGUACAAGAAACAUAUUCAUGUUCAUUGAGGUUAAAGAGCUCUGCUGAAGAGGAUCAAAUUAAGACGCAGCCUGGAUCCGGCGAGGCGUUUAUUUUCUUGCCAGACAGUCUUGGUGAUGAUUUGAUCACUGAAGUUCGAGAUUCGAAAGGGCAACUUCUUGGUCGUGCUGUAGCUCAGCUAGCAGCUAUAGUUGAUGAUCCGGUAAGAUUCUCUCUCUUUCUAUUUCUAUCUUUCUCAGCUUCAUGUUUUCAAAAAAAAAAGAUUUUAAGUGUGUUGUUUUUCUUUUGGCUGAACCAGAAUGAGAAGGUGCGGUGGUGGCCAAUAUAUCAUGAACCAGAGCAUGAAUAUAUUGGGAAAAUCCAACUUCAUUUGAGUUAUUCAAGCAGUCUAGAUGAAAAAACUAAGUGUGGAUUGGUGGCGGAAACUUCAGCAUAUGAUAUUAUCCUAGAGGUGGCUAUGAAAGCAGAACGAUUUCAGCGAAGAAAUCUAGUGUUCAAGGGGCCAUGGCACUGGAUGAUUACUCGAUUCGCUUCAUAUUAUGGGAUUUCAGACGCAUACACAAGAUUAAGAUAUCUUUCUUAUGUCAUGGAUGUUGCUUCCCCUACCAAGGACUGUCUUGAUCUGAUAUAUGAUUUUCUAUUCCCUAUAAUAAUGAAAAGCAACCACAAGUCUGUAUUGAGUCAUCAAGAGAACCGAUUACUUGGGGAAAUUGACGAACAAAUUCAGCAGAUCCUUGCUUCAGCAUUUGAGAAUUAUAAAUCACUUGACGAACUGUCUUUCUCCGGGAUGAAAGAUGUAUUUGAGUCUGCUACAGGAACUCCAGCACCGGCGAUAGAAUCAUCUGUCAAGCUUUAUGCUCUUCUCAACGACGUAUUAACCCCUGAGGCACAGCUGAAACUUUGCAGAUACUUUCAGGCUGCUUCAAAGAAGAGGUCGAGGAGACAUUUAUUGGAAACAAACGAUUUACUUAACAACCGUAGCGAAGGUGCUGCACCAGUUGAUCCGAUGGCACUUACAGCUUCUUAUCAAAAGAUGAAGUCUCUAAUAUUGAGCUUUAAGAAUGAGAUAUCCACUGACAUAGCGAUCCAUAACUGCAAUGUGCUCCCAAGCUUUAUAGACCUUCCAAAUCUUUCAGCUUCAAUAUAUAGCGUGGAUCUCUGCAAUAGGCUCCGGGAGUUUCUUCUCGUAUGGCCUCCUCCUGGACCAUCAACUCCUGUUGUUGACCUUGUUAUCACAACUGCUGACUUUCAGAGAGAUAUCUCUAGCUGGAACAUAAAUCCUAUUAAAGGUGGUGUUAACGCCAAAGAGCUAUUUUAUUCGUAUAUCACAAGUUGGAUUGAAGAGAAAAGACGCGUUUUAUACGAACUCUGCAAGCUAGAGACGGUAAAACCAUGUGGCGAGAUCUCGGGAUUGACUUCUCCUUUUGUUGACGAGAUGUAUCACAGACUCAAUGGGACACUAGACGAAUAUGAUAUUAUCAUAAGGCGUUGGCCAGAAUAUGCAAUAUCCUUGGAGAAAGUUGUAGCAGAUGCAGAGAAGGCAAUAGUUGAAGCGAUGGAGAAACAAUUUGCUGAGAUUAUAUCUCCGUUAAAGGAAAGUAAGAUCUUUGGGCUGAAAAUUGUCCAGAAGUUCACCAAAGGCGCCCCUAACCCUUACGCUGUUCCAAAAGAGCUUGGAGUUCUUUUGAACUCGAUGAAAAGAGUGCUUGACAUUUUACGACCGAGUAUAGAGAACCGGUUUAAAUCUUGGAACUCCUAUAUCCCUGAGGGAGAAAACAGAAUCUUGGGAGAGCGGUUAAGUGAAGUUACAGUGUUGCUAAGAGCCAAGUUCAGAAGUUAUAUGCAAGCGCUAGUGGAGAAACUCGCUGAGAAUACGAGGAUACAAAGUCACAUGAAGCUGAAGAGUAUCAUCCACGACUUGAGGGAAACCACAGCAGAACCGGAUGUUAGAAACCGAAUGAUGGCAUUGAAGGAUGUGCUAGACAAAACCAUCGAUCACCUGCACAACGUUUUCUUGCCCGAUGUGUUUGUAUCUGUCUGCAGAGGAAUCUGGGACCGGUUGGGACAGGAUGUGCUUCGUCUUUUGGAAGAUAGGAAAGAUAAUGUGACUUGGCACAAAGGCCCGAGAAUCGCAGUUUCUGUUUUGGAUGAGAUCUUUGCGACGCAGAUGCAGAGUCUGUUAGGGAACGCACUCAAGCCCGAGCACUUGGAGCCGCCGAGAUCAAUGAUGGAACUGAGGUCUAUGCUAUGUAAAGAUUCUACAGACUACAGAGAAGGAGGAUACAACUACUAGUAACCGGUGAAGAAUCUGGUUCUUACGGUUUUUGUUUCACUGCAAAGUCUUUUGUCUCUGGUUCAUUACUAUGUUGAGAUUUUGGACAAAAUCAUUAAACAAGUAAAUGUAGUUAACAAGAGAAAAAAAAUAGUGGUUGCAAUUAUAUAGCAGUAACAACGAGCAAAGUUCAAUGCA